AUGCUCCCCUCUGUGCCCCCGAUCAAGGAUGUGGUUUUGCAGCUUAAAUGCCUUGCUCCCCCUGAGCUUGGGGCCACGAAUGAUUUUUCGCUGGAGAGAAACUCUCCAAAUGUAAAAAAUGGUACAAGCCGAAGUUUUUCCAAACAUCAGAGAAAUGAGAUUCGAGGGAAACCUUUCAAAUGUGGGGAAUGUGACAGCAUCUUCAGUUGGUUCUCAGAUCUUACUAAACAUAAGAGAAUUCACACUGGUGAGAAACCAGACAAAUGUGACAAACGUGGGAAAGCCGACACCCAGGCCUCACACCUCAGUGAACAUAGGAGGUUUCCCAACGGAGGGAAACCCUACCAAUGUGAAGAAUGUGGGAAAGCCUUCAGAACUCGCUCAAGCCUUUCUAACCAUGACAGAACUCAUUCUGAAGAAAAACCCUACACGUGUGAAGAACGUAGCACCAUCUUUAAGCAGUCAUCAGACCUCACGAAACCUAUGAAAACCCAUACUGGAGAGAAUCUUUACAAAUGUGACGAUCGUGGAAAAAACUACCCAGUCCUCAAAGCUUAUUGUAUAUCAGAGAAUUCAUACUGGAGAGAAAUCCUACAAGUGUGAAAAAUGUGACAAAGCCUUUAUCCAGGUCUCACACCUGACUGUACAUGAAAGCAUUCAUAUUUGAGAAAAAAAUAAACAAAU